CACCCCUCUCAAUAAGAAAAUAAAAAAAACUUUUUGAAACCAAAUUUUAUUUUAGAAAAAUAAAUUUAAUGGCUUCAAAAACGAUAGCAACAGCAACAGUUCGAGCAGUGAAAAGAAAACUCAUACCAACAAGAGCUGCUAUAACUCUGACUCCGUCAGCUGUCAACAGAGUUAAAGCACUUUUAGAUGGUAAAAAUGAUGUUAUCGGACUUAAAAUUGGAGUGAAACAGAGAGGAUGCAAUGGAUUAAGUUACACACUUGACUACGCAGCCACUAAAGACAAGCUAGAUGAAGAAGUCGUACAAGAUGGUGUAAGAAUCAUCAUAGAUAAAAAGGCACAACUCAGCUUAUUAGGAACAGAAAUGGAUUACGUCGAGACAAAACUUGCAUCAGAGUUUGUGUUCAAUAAUCCAAACAUCAAAGGAACUUGUGGCUGUGGUGAAUCCUUCAGCAUCUAAAAUCUUUAAAUAAUUCUGUCCUAGUUUCAAAAUCAUUAUGUAGAUAAAUUUUGAAUCUUAAUUAAUCGAGGUAAUUUAUUUGUUCCUUAGCUUAAUAAUGAAAUGAAAACAUUAAAGUUGAAAAGUCAGUUUAA